AGGGCGUUUAUGGAGCAUUCCUCUGGGGGCUUUAACAGUUUUAGGAGGGCUGUUAACAUCUUAGUGCCCAUGGGACGCCAUUUCCAGCGCUUUCCCCAGCACUCUAGGAGACCGGGCGAUCCUCUUCCUUCCGCUCUCCUAGCCUCCAUUGACUGGCGCGCUCCUAUCCUCCCUGCCCCGGCCCCGGCUGACACUGUUCUGUCCGGGCAGGCAGUGGGAGAGGUCCUGCGGUCGAUCGCCCCCUCGAGGGGCGAGUCCUCAGGCACUACGGGGGAGAGACCGGGCGCAGAGCUCCCAAGGCGCGUGACGCGCAGCUCGGCUUCCCAGCGCGGCAGCGCCCAAGCGGAGCCGCUUUUUGCCUCCCUGAACAAGAGCCUUAGAGCGGGGACAGUGAGACCAGUCCCCAACCCGCCUCCCUCGCAAGCGGAGCUUCGCAAACAAGCGGAGCUGCAGCCCUCCUCUGCCAAGAUGGCGGCUUCUUCAUCCGACCACCGCACACCACUAGAGGGCGCUGAAUCAGAAAGGGCGGGAAUGGCGGCCACUACUGCUUCCACCUCUGCUCCUGCAAGCGUGGUGAGAUCAACCUUAUCGGAGGGACGGGAGGGUUCUCCCCUAUCUGACAUAGUGGUUACUCAGCCCAUUCCCCCCCAGGUUCCCCAGGAAUGGCAGGCCUGGUUCAAAACGGCCAUUUCUGAGUCACGUUCUCAAUUUAAAAAAUCAAAAAAGAGAAAGCGCUCAAAGCGGCGCAGGCAAACUUCCUCCUCCUCCUCUGAGGAAUCAUCAACUGUCUCCUCCCCCUCCCUCCCCCCAAGAAAAGCUUAGUCCAAAAAGAAACACCUUAAAAAGACCAAGAGGCCCAAGAAAGCCCCUAGGACAACCAUAUCGGUGCACUCCUCAGAAAUCUCUGGCGAGGAGUCGGCUGAUCCCACGGUCACUGUCAUCCGCCCAUGGAGAAACUCGGGGGUCCCUACCACGGCCCCUCCCCUGGAGGAGGAGGCAGAGGACAACCCCGGGGGAAUUGGAGAGGGAGAAGGGGACCAGGAAGAGCAUCCUGAUCCCGAUAGAGAGGAGGGAGACUGGUCAGGGGCGGAGGACCUGGAGCAAUCUCAGGUUUCUCAACGCUUGUUCACACCGGAAGAUUUUAACCCCCUUAUGACCAAAGUCUUAACUACUAUUGGUCUUCAGGCGAAACCCCCCACAGACACAAGCCUGAAUCCCAAGGGUGACCUGGUUUUUCCUAGGCCUCAGCCACGUGAAUUACCUCUGCCUAUGCCAGCUUAUUUUUCAGAGGCUAUUAAGGCGGAGUGGGCUGCGCCAAGUGUUCCUAAGAAACCAACUUCGUCAGCCACCAGAUUCUACACCUUCCAACAAGAGCCUUCCUCGCUAUUGCAGACUCCAACCACCGACACUCACAUCUCCCAGCUGAGCAGCGGAUCUCUGGUCCCGCGAGACGGGGAAGGGUUUUUAAAGGACGCCUCCGACAAAAAGGCAGAAUUCUCCUUCCGGCGGGUCCACGACAAUUCCUCCCUGGCCACCCGUUCUUCUGCCGUGGCUUCAAUGACGGCCAGAGCCAGUCUACUAUGGAUCAAUGACCUCCUCGACCAGACUCCCCCAGAAGCCGUCCGUCUUAGGCAACAACUGUUAAAACUUCAGCGCGCACAAGCACUCAUCGCAGACACGUCCCUCGAUUCCAUCCGCUAUUCAUCAAGGGCCUCCGCAGCAUCAGUAGUCGGCAGGCGGUACCUUUGGCUGAAAGCUUGGCAAGCGGACUCCGCCUCCAAAAAUAACCUGUGCGCCCUACCUUACAAGGGGUCCAAGCUUUUCGGCAACUCAGCUUUGGAAAAGGUCCUAGUCGAGUCUAAGGAUAAAAAGAAGACCAUGCCAUCUGCCCCACGAAAACCUGACAAGACCUCCUUCAGGAGAGGAUACCAGCCUUUUCGUUCCUUUCGUCCCUCCUUCGGGGUAGAGACCGAGAUUUCCGGGGCUCAAGAGCCUCCUGGCCCCGCCAACGCUUCGCCAGCAGGAACUCUUCUUUCCGCAACAAUAACACACAAGGAAAACAUCAGGGAAAGUCUCAACUCUGACAAAGAUCCCCCCUGCCUGGGAGGUCGUUUGUCCAACUUCCUCCCCGCCUGGCUCCACGACAUCAAGGACGCCUGGGCCUUAGACCUGAUUCGCUCAGGUUACAGGAUAGGGUUGAUCUCCUCCCCCCGCCCACGAUUCCUACCAACUCCACGAUCUCGCUGUGCUACCAAGCAUUCCGAAAUGUCUCUGGCCAUCCGACACCUCCUGCUCAUCGGAGCAAUAGAGCGGGUACCAAAGGGCCAGGAGGGGAGAGGAGUUUACUCGAUCCUUUUUACUGUUCCCAAAAAGGACGGCUCCCGCAGAGCCGUCCUCGACCUGAAGCACCUCAACGCAUACGUAAAAACCCGCAAAUUCUGGAUGGAAUCCCUCCGCUCCAUUUUAGAAUCCCUGCAAAGAGGAGACCUUCUCGCUUCAAUAGACUUGAAGGAGGCCUAUCUACACGUCCCCAUCCAUCAAGACAGCCGACAUCUCCUUCGCUUCAAAUAUUCAGGGGUGGACUAUCAGUACAAGGCCCUCCCCUUCGGCCUUGCUUCCGCUCCCAGGACAUUCACCAAGAUCCUCGCCCCCGUCCUCGCGCUACUCCGCCUCCAGGGGGUGCAUGUUUUCGGGUACCUCGACGAUCUACUUCUGAAGUCGGAGUCUCCCAGCGAAGCAGCACGAGACCUAAAACAGACGCUGGGAGCCCUAGAACAACACGGCUUUCUAAUAAACACAGCCAAGAGCCACCUGUCUCUGUCACUACAGAUCCGCCACCUCGGGGUCAUCAUCAACACACUGGAAGGCAAAAUCUUCCUCCCAGAGGACAGAGUCCACGUCAUCAGGUCGGAGACGAAGCGAAUCCUCUUGAGCCACAGGUCACCGCUCUUAUCCCUAGCCCGCCUCCUAGGGCUCAUGGUCUCCACCCUCGAAGCAGUGCCGUGGGCAAGCCUGCACCUGCGGGACCUUCAGUGGUUCCUCCUGCGUUAUCAAGCCUACAUCUCCAGGAGGCGCAAUAUCGCCAUUGCCCUGCCUCCACAGGUCCAGAAGUCUCUCCUAUGGUGGACUCGCACUCAGAACCUCUCGGUAGGCAAGGGAUUCCUGGAACAACCGAAGCUGAUAGUCACGACCGACGCCAGCAACAGGGGCUGGGGAGCCCACUGCCUCCAGCACUCCGCGCAGGGAAGAUGGGACUCACAUGAACAAUCCCAUUCUAUAAACUGGCUCGAACUGAGGGCCAUCCGCCUAGCCCUGCUUCAUUUUCAGCCGCUGGUCCAGGGUCAGGAUGUGCUCGUGAAAACGGACAACACCACGGCCAAGGCACACGUGAACCGUCAAGGGGGAACGCGCUCACUCUCACUGUUUCGGGAGUCUGUCCUCCUCCUAACCUGGGCGGAGACCCAUCUCAACUCCCUGGCAGCACAUCAUGUCAAGGGUGACUUGAAUUCGAUUGCAGACUGGCUGAGCAGGGAGGACCUGCUUCCAGGGGAGUGGUCAUUGAACAGCUCAACGUUCGAUCAGUUGGUAUCCAGGUGGGGGGGUCCCCCAAGCAGACCUGUUUGCCACCCCCCUCAACGCGAAGGUGGAGACCUUCAUCACCAGGUUUCCCUGCUGCUCAGCCUGGGGAACGGACGCUCUCUCCUGCAAGUGGCCCCAAGGGCUCCUCUAUGCCUUCCCGCCAAUCCCUCUCCUGGCCAGAGUGCUUUGACGGAUAAGAUCUAUGAAAGCGGAAGUCAUCAUGGUGGCUCCCUUCUGGCCCAGGCGCCCCUGGUUCACAGGUCUGAUCUCCAUGGCAAUCAACAGGCCUUGGCACCUCGACCCGAGCCUGGACCUUCUUCGUCAGGGUCCGGUUCAGCACCCCAAUCCAGGCUGGUUUCAGCUAGCCGCCUGGAGACUGAGCGGAGCCGGCUGCGGGCGCAGGGAUUACCUCCGAAGGUAACUCAGACUAUUCUGGCCUCUACAAAAGAUUCCACCAACCACAUCUACCAAUACACGUGGAGAAUGUUCCUACGUUGGCUUAGGAGGAACAAGACUCCCAGCCACAGGGCCUCUCUCCAUCACCUACUACACUUCCUCCAGGAUGGCCUCGACAAGGGUCUGAAGCCCAACACUCUCAAGCGACAGGCAGCAUCCUUACUACCAAUGUUGCGAGGCGCCGCCUCAUCGAGUGUCAAGGAUCGUGCCCUAUUGAAAAGAUUCCUGAGAGGAGCCACCCUCCUGUCACCGCCCGUCUUUCAUCGCUUUCCGUCAUGGAACCUGAACCUAGUUCUCCGGGCGCUGCAGGAACCUCCCUUUGAACCUAUCCGCACUAUCCCUCUGAGGCUUCUUUCCCAAAAGCUGGCUUUCCUGGUGGCGCUCACCUCAGCCAGAAGAAUUUCUGAACUACGAGCCCUGUCCAUCCACAAGGCACGUUGCGUUUUCUCGGAGGACUCAGUCAGGUUAAUUCCAGACUCGUUUAUCCUCCCCAAGGUUGUCUCCCAUUUUCAUACCUCACAGGACGUCUUCCUUCCUUCCUUCUGCCCUCACCCGGAACACCCGCAGGAAAAACUAUGGCACAAGCUCGACGUCCGCCGUUGUUUGAAGCGAUACAUCAAGAGAACUGCUGGCUUCCGGAAAACUGACACUAUGUUUGUCUCGUUCCUGCCUUCCUCCAUGGGAGAAGCCGUGCCAGCUCGAACUAUCGCCAGGUGGAUCAGGGCGUGUAUUACCUUAGCGUAUGAAACCCGGAAGGUCCCUCCACCACCAAACAUAUGGGCUCACUCGACCAGGUCGGCUGCUGCCUCUGCCGCCUUCGCUUCUAAUGCGUCGGUCCUAGAGAUUUGCAAGGCGGCAGUAUGGAAGAAUCCAUCCACAUUCAUUAAACACUAUAAGAUUGAUCUGCACGCUGCCGCUCAAGCGGCGUUUGGGAGGGCUCUUCAGGGGGUUCUUCCCCAGGACUAGAGCAGCGUUCGUUUUAUCCCUCCCUGGGGCCUUAGACUUACUGCUUUGGUAUGUCCCAUCAUGAGAUGCCUUGACAGCAUCAACCGAGAACGAAGCAUUGGUUACUCACCGUGAGGGCUUCUUCUGGUUGCUGCUGUCAAGGCAUCUCAGCCCUCCCUAGGGUUACGCUGCUCUCCUUCAGGGGAAGAACCGUUCUGUAGUUUUAGGGACAGUCCCUACUGUUUUUCCUCUCGUUCUACUGGAUCUCUGCUUCCUGUGUUCAUGGUUAAUGACUUUAUAUGUUGUUGUUUAUUCCUUACUAUGUUUAUCCUUCCGGUUUACUCGGCCUAGAAGAACUGGGGCGGGGUUAUCCCCGUCAGAGCUAUAUAGGACUGUUUUUUUCUAACUAAUUUGCAUAGUCCUGCCCAGGAGCAUGUGAUGAGGAUAACCCAUCAUGAGAUGCCUUGACAGCAGCAACCAGAAGAAGCCCUCACGAUCUCCGGUGGGCAGGAGCUCCCAUUGGCUGCCGGAGAACACAUGACCACCAUGCUGGUUGUCUCAGUUCCUCCCUCCCUGCUUGCUGCACGCAGGAGGAGUGGAGCGGAGUAGCUUGCGAGAGCUGCUGCUGGGGACGUUCCUUGACUCUGUCUGCCUGCCGUUUGCCCACCACACUGCCCUCUGGCUGCAUUUUAUUCUUCUGUUCUGCAUUAACAAAGUGCUCUCGAACCCCAGGCCAACCCGAGGAAACCGAGGCAGAAGGCGAGACCUCCACUCCCCCGCUGACCGGAACUGGUGGAGGACACAGGUCGAGACCGUGGGCAUCGGCUCUCUGCUUCAAUCCCACCGGAACCGGAUUGUUGCACAGAGUGAAGAAAGAAGAAAGAAGGAACCAGCAUCACCAGACCCCAGGACCGGAUCUCCUGGUCUAUCCUCAGUUACUGUAACCUCACAUUCCGCUCCCCCAGGCUGCCCAGAGAUCCUAGUGUCUGUUAGGUUCAAGUGGGCGGGCAGUGCACCCAUCUAUAACUAUGCCUUUGUUUCAUGGCUGCGGGACCCUCCCCCACCUCAGCUUUCUGGCCUUAUACUUAAUCUCCGGCCAGUCUCUCCCGGAGCAGGAGACAGGGCCCAAAGGGGGGUGUAACCCUUGCUUGCGGAUUACAACUGAUGGCUGGAAGACCACACAGACGUUGGUCUAUCACAGUUCAUACAGUUGCAAUGGCACCAGCUCAGCCUGCCGCCACGCUAACACCACUUACCAGGUGUGCACAGAGGCCGGCUCCAUAGUCUGCCACACCCCAGGCAGGCAGACCAGGUGGCAGCUCCAGUUGUAUGGGCCAGAUUCGGGAAUGGGAGCUACCGCCUAUAACAAACUCUUGAGGUACACUACCGUGCCUUCCUAUAGCCAGGAAAAGCCUUUGACCCUUUGCUUCGACACCUGUCAUGCCACAGACCAAGACCCGGCUGGGACAUAUUGUGGAGGGGUAGAAUGGGGAAGAACCUACCGCACAGACAGGUUCUAUGUAGGUUUCCACAGGGCUACUCUGAAUAGGGCUCCCGCUCGGUCUGGGAAGUGGGACACGAACCGCCAGAGGUGGGUGAACGCCUUGGGAGGCAAGGUUACCCACGGCCAGACAAAACCAGACUGUAAACCCCAUCGCUGCACCCCCCUCUGCCUCAGAAUCACUCCUAACCAGGCCAAGAGUUCCUGGGUGCCAGUAGGAGAAGGAAAUUAUGAGGCUGAAGUUAGCAUGGGAGUCCAUGUCCCAGGGGCCAGAGAUCCAACCGGUAGAGUCCGGUUCCUGAUGAAAGGGAACUGGGAGAAACCCACUGAACACCUUGUCCACACUACGUUCUGGAAGGAGAUGGGCACAACCGUGAAAGUGCCAGCUGUUACCAAGAACCUGUUUGUGGACUUAGCAGAGCGAGUAGCCCUAAGCUUGAGUGUGACAAACUGCUACGUUUGUGCAGGCACCAAGAUGGGCGAGCAAUGGCCCUGGGAGGCACGGGAGGUGGAUUAUGUCAACAUAAGCAGGAGCCCGAAUUUAACAUGGACAGAUCAACAGUGCCCCACCCAGUGGGCCCUCCAGAACUCCAUCAUAGGGUCCAGAUGUUUUAUUCGCCCGGCUGGGCAGAAAUAUAACAUCUCCACAGGGACCCUGGCCUGUGAGGCAGGGAUGGUUUGCAAUACCACAAGGAAGUGGAUGGACUUCAAUCAUGCAGGCUCCAAGAUCCCCUCCAACCCUUAUAAUCAGUCUACCCAGAAGAGUCUAUAUGAUCUCUGGGAGGACCCCUGCGGGACCUCCAGCUCUUGGGAGGCUCCAGACCACCUGUACUGAAUUUGUGGGACAGCCGCCUAUGUCAGUUUGCCUCCAACUUGGGCAGGAACCUGCGUGCUGGGCACAAUUAAACCCAGCUUUUUCCUCUUACCCAUAAGGGCAGGCGAACGACUAGCAGUCCCAGUCUAUGAGAGCAGAGGGCAAACCAAGCGGGGUAUUGGUUCACCUCUGAGAAUAGGAAACUGGAAGGACAAUGAAUGGCCCCCAGAGCGGAUAAUACAGUAUUAUGGGCCCGCCACUUAUGCUCAAGAUGGAACUUAUGGGUACAGAACCCCCAUAUACAUGCUCAAUCGCAUUAUAAGGUUACAAGCCGUGCUUGAAAUCGUUACAAAUGAGACCUCUUUGGCUCUCAGCCUCCUAGCCAAAACCAACACUCAGCUCCGCACAGCAGUAUACCAAAAUCGGCUAGCACUUGACUAUCUGCUAGCAAUGGAGGGUGGUGUGUGUGGAAAAUUUAACCUGUCUAAUUGUUGUAUCCAGAUCAAUGACCAAGGGAAGGCCAUAGAGGAAAUCACUGAUCGGAUGCGCAAAAUAGCUCAUGUUCCAGUCCAGAACUGGGAAGGCCUAGCCACCCCCGAUUGGUUUGAAAAUUGGUUUGAGUACUUUGGAGGUUUGAAAACCAUGGCAGGAGGAAUUCUGAUAUUGCUUUUUGGUUGUUUAUUGAUACCUUGUUUAUUACCCCUGUUUAUCUCUUUGGGACGAGAGGCCGUUGAGAGAAUAGUAAGAAAAGAAACUGCCCCCCACAUAAUGGCUAUGUAUACCAGGUUACCUCAGGAAGAGAAGCCAUGAAAUGGCUCCUAAGGGGGGAAAUGUGGAAUGAGGGGAAAAUGCCUUUUCUGAAAGCUGCUUUGUAAUCACUUUGUUCUCAUGGAAUGGGAAAGUGUCUUUGCAAAAAGAGUGAGACAGAACUCAGGUUUGCACUGGUCAAGAAAUGGUUAAUAGAGUCUGCAAGUUGCCUUGCCAAAUUGCGAGCUGUAAAGCCAUAAAUUUGCUGACAAGCUAGAGGGGGAAGAGCCCCCCUUUCCUUGUAUCUCCUGAAAAAGCAAAGGCCUGAAAAAUAACACCUCAAGGACAUCUGGCUAGAGAAAGAGAAUAAGAAAUGCUUCAUUGUACCAAGAGGAAUGUUUGUCUAAAUUAGCAAUGAUUAUAAUAUUUGUAAUAUGACGGAUAAUGAUGCUAACCAAUGAACUAAUUGGUUCUUUGGGGCUGAAUGUUGACGCCCAGCUAUGUAGUUAUGCCAAAGUAUAAAAACUUGUGACCCAGGCAGCUGCGCACGAUUCUCUGGUAGGCCAUGAGGCACUGAGAAAAGCCCCAGUGCUGGUAAACUAAAUAAAUGGUGAUUAUUGCUUCCUUCAAUCAUCCUUGUUCAUCUGGUUUGUGGUAACCGGGGGCCUCCCAGGUAACAAUAACAAAUGCACCUCUCAUUUUCUCCCCCUAUUCUCCUAUGGCAAAAACUAGGGGUCCCUUUCUGUAACCUCUCAGGUGGGCCUAAUAAACUCAGCAAAAUUUCUCCACCCAUUGGCAGUUGCCGCCCCCACCCCAGAAUCCCCCCUCAGGAUGAUACUAUUAUUUAUUUUUAUUUAUUUAUUCAUCAGUUUUUAUACUGCCUUUCAUAAUGUUUCUCACGGCAAAUUACAAAAGUUUAUAUGUGUGUAGUGUGUAUAUAUAUUUAGUAAAACUUUAAUUAAAAACAAAACAAAACAAAAAUUUAAAAGCAAGAAAUUUAAAGCUAUAUAUAGUUUUGAUUUUUUUGAAUGCUGUUUUUAGGAUUUUGUUUUAAAAUUUUAAAUUGUGUUUUAAAUUUCUUGCUUUUAUUAAAAUUAAAGUUUUACUUUUUAAUCUUGUUGUAAAGCGCCCAGAGACGUAAGUUUUGGGUGGUGUAAAAAUAUGAUAAAUAAAAAAAUAAAUAAAAUGCAAGGAAUUUCAUAAACGUUAUUUUUACUAUGUCAUGACUAGUGCCGCCACCACACUCACAGAGACACCAAAUGAAGAGAAGAGGAAGAGGAAGAAAGAAUGGAAGAAAGGAGGAAGAUACUAACAUUAACUAAUGGUCAAAGGGGCCUUGUCUGAUCCCCCCCAAUUGAAAAUAAAUCCUGGCACUGAAAUGACA